AUGGCCGCAGCAGCAGCCCAGGCCGCCGGGCUGACGUACACCCCCACAGACGAGAUCCCACAGAUCGUCUCGAACCUCCGCAAAAGCUUCCUCUCCCUCAAGACGUACGACCUCGAAUACCGCAAAAACCAGCUCAAGCAGCUCGCCUUCUGCAUUCAGGACAAUGCAGAGGCCAUCUGCGAGGCCAUCAAGAAGGACCUUGGCCGAAGCGACUGGGAGUCGACCUUUGCCGAGGUGACAACCACCGUCAACGAAUGCAUCGAAUAUGUGCACAACCUCGACAAGUGGGCCAAGGAUGAGAAACCCUGGAGCGGCAUCGCAUGGGCCUCGCACGGCACCAUCAUCCGCAAGCAGCCCAAGGGUACCGUACUUAUUAUUGGCGCUUGGAACUACCCGGUCACAGUCACAGUCGGCCCAUUCAUCGCAGCCAUCGCUGCUGGCAACACUGUCAUCCUCAAGCCUUCUGAGGUCUCAGCACACACCGCCCGGCUCCUGGGCGAGAUCAUCCCCAAGUAUCUCGACCCGGCUUCGUACGUGGUCAUCAACGGCGCCAUCUCCGAGACCACCUUGCUGCUUGACCAGCGCUUCGAGCACAUCUUCUUCACCGGUAACGGCACCGUCGGACGCGUCGUCCAGGAGAAGGCUGCCAAGUGGCUUUGCCCUGUCUCGCUUGAGCUCGGUGGCAAGUCGCCCGUCGUUGUCGACGAUUCGGCCGAUCUCAAGAUUGCCGCACACCGCAUCCUUUGGGGAAAGCUGCUCAACGCCGGCCAGACGUGUAUUGCGCCCGACUACGUCAUUUGCAAGAAGUCCGUGCAGGACAAGCUGAUUGCCGAGAUGAAAACCGUUUUCAACGAGUUCUACCCCGAGGGCCCUGCCAAGAGCAAGGACCUUGGUCGCAUCAUCAACGAGGGCCACCACGCUCGCCUCACGAGCGUCCUCGACGGCACCAAGGGUGACGUCGUGAUCGGCGGCGACAAUGAUGUGUCGACCAAGUACCUUGCCCCCACGGUUAUCGCCAAUGUAACCGGAGACGACUCGGUCAUGCAGGGCGAGCUGUUCGGCCCGAUCUUACCGAUCGUCCCUGUCAAGGAUCUGGACGAGGCGAUCACCUUCAUCAACAGCCGUGACCAGCCGCUGGCGCUGUAUGCGUUCGGCAACAGCAGCUCCGUCAAGAAGGUCGUCGACAGUACGCGCUCUGGCGGCGCCGUUAUCGGCGACACGAUCCUGCAUUGCGCCAUCAGCCAGCUGCCAUUUGGCGGCACUGGCCCCUCGGGACACGGCUCGUACCACGGUAAGGCCGGGUUCGACUGCUUCACGCACCAGCGCGCCGUGCUCCUCGCGCCGCACACUGGCGUCGUGGGCAGGACGAUCGAGAAGGUGAUGAGCUUCCGCUACCCGCCGUACACGACCGCUAACUUGAACAAGUACAAGUUGCUUAUGGGUAAUCGUCUGCCCUUCUCCAAGCCGUCGAGUCCGCACGCGAGCAAGACAAAGGUGUGUUUUUGA